AUGCCAGCAGAUUCCGGUUAUGUUAGUACCGGUUCGAAAAACCGUAAUUCGUUUAUUCAAUGGAUUCCACAGCAUUCUUUAUCAAUGAACGAUUCUUUACUUUCCACUCCAUUGUCAAAACACCUUCACUCUACAACUCGAAGAAUUUUCAUAGGACCGACUCCUUCAAAUUGGUCCUACAAAAAAAAUUCGCUUUGGUUUUCAAAAAGUGAUCAAGCUACUCAUCAGAAUGGUCCUAACAGGCAGAGAACUUUUCGAUCUGAACCUGAAUUUAGAGGUCCCACCAAUAUCGCUUCACUGGAUUUUUGUGAAAUACGUGAAGACAAUCAUUCUCCAGCUCAAUUAACUCGUUUAACAGAUAUACCUUACUUAGUUUCUGAACCCGAAGAAUUGAUUGAUAACGAAGUUAGUCCUUUUUCUGAUGAUGACAUCUUUUAUACACCCAAUGAAGAACCCCGUUCAUUCCCCGUUACCCCACCACAUCACGGUCGGAGAUUCUUUUCGCAGAGAAUUUCAAUGCCUGAGAGAUCUAUUCACGAAAAUUUAUUUGAUGAGCAACUUAACUUUAAAUUAAUGAAACGUAUAACCGAAGAAGAAAGCAAGUCACGUGAAUAUUUUCCAUCAUCGACGAUAUCAUCAUCAAAAAAUCCUCAUCAUCCAAAAAAUGUUUCUGAAUAUAAUCAAAUCGUAGAAAACAUUCAUGUAAACGAUCAAGAUCAAGGGGAUAAUCAUCCAGUUGAAGAUGCAGAUCACGUUAGUUCAGUAUCUAAUUCAACGCAACUACAUCCUGAUACGAUCAUAAAAGUAGAUCGUAUGUUGGUUAGGACGGAGCGCAUUUAUAACCGGGGAACACCAACGCUUUACAAGAGAUAUUCUUUAAAGGGUCAUCUCAGUAGGAAACAACAAACUCAAUCAGUGGGUUGGAGAGAAUACAUCGUUAAAUUACGUCCUGGAAGGAUAGAACUGUACAAAAACAAUAAAGUUCGAGUAUCUAAAAUGCGAUUCACCGAAACAACCCGAUUGGGACUUCUUUCAGCGGUUGAUUAUACCAUAUCACUCAGACAACGAUCUGGAAGCGGGAUGAAAUUGAAAGUCUUUGUGAUCAAUCCAAAGACUAUAGAGCAGAGUGUCGAAUGGUAUCGUAUACUAUAUGCUACACUUGGUGAGCAAUCAGUCAAUACAAUGCCUUCCUUAUGUGAAGUGUAUGUACCAGAUUUUGAUGUUCACGUGAGAAUUCCGUUAGAGGAACGUGAUCAGGCUUAUAAUAUCACAGCAGAGGAUAUUACUAAAUUGGUCUUGGAUGAAUUGAGUGGGGAGUCGGAAUGGGAAGAUGUAUUAUUUGAGUGGCUAAAGUCUUGUGACUUGAGAUUAUGUUGGAAGAGAUAUGAUCGAUUGGAGUGGAUUGUUUGGGAAAAAAAUGAAGAAGGCAAAGAACCUCCUCCGGUCGAGGGAUAUCUUAUUCGGGUUACAAACAACAAAGGCAAUAGGAGACCUAAACGAUUGUAUUUUACUUCUCAUGAUCAUUACCUCUUUUUUUUAAAGCCAUUCGCAGCAAGUCCGCCUCCGCCUCCGCCGCCGUCAGUUCCAACAUCAAAUUCGGAUGAAGAGCGUCAGCAAACCGCACAACCAUUGAUAUAUUCAGUUGCACCACUAACACAAGGACAAUGUGGUGGUCAUAUCGAUAAUUUUAUGAAAGCAGACGCAAAAAGACGUGUAAAACAAAUUAAGAAUGCCAUUGGAUUCAUAAAUUUGGCUGAUGUGGUGGAGGUGAAAUUUGCCGACAAGGGCCAUUUGGGGAUCAUUGAAGUCGAGAAUCACGAGCGUUAUUUUGAUUUAGUUUUAAAUAAUGGCACGAUCAUCACCUUACAGGCGUAUUCUAGACAAACAUUGGAUGAAUGGAUUAAACGAUUGGAUGAACUUAUAAAAUAUUGGAAGGCUCGACUAAUAUCGGAUGUUCAUACACGAAUUAAUAUGUUUAAAGUGAAUGUGGAUUAUCAUCAGGAAGAUGAUGAUAAUGCCAGUCAAGAUGGGAUACACAGUCAUUGGAAUAAUUUUCACUCCUAUGUAAAUACAGUCAUUUGGCAUUGGUGUAUUUUGAAUGGAUGUCGUGGAAUUACUAAAGGAGGUUUAUUAUAUCAUAAAACACACCUCCGCGGCACAUUCCAAAAUUAUCACCAUAUUCUUAUAAGAGGACAUUUAUUAUACUAUAACUUAUAUACACGAAAUUCAUUGAGUGGUACGGCAAAGCGACAAAUUUUUCAUAAACGUCGCGGAUGCAUUCAUUUAACGGAUUGUUAUGUGUAUUCCGGAGGUAUCACGGAAAAUGAUUUACUAUAUUCAAGUUCAAGCAGAUAUAAUAUAUCAGAUAACGGAACACAUAAAUUGCCAAGAAUAUAUCCAGAUGGCAUGUAUUGUUUUGAUGACGAUGAAGAGUGUACCUUUGUUAUAUGGCAAGGAGAGCAAAAAUAUUGUCUUGAAAGGGAUAAAGAGAAAAGUAGAAAUAGCAUAUGUUUAAAAAAGACAACAACAUUGGAUCGUCCUGGAAAUAUUUGGGUUUUUAGAGCUAGAAGUAGGAUUGAAAGAGAGGAGUGGGUUUGGGCUAUUAAUGUGGAAAUCGAAAGAGCUUGGAAGGAAAUAAGGAAGAAAUAA